UAGAAAAGUAUUCAACAUUGAAGCAAAGUAAUUAAAAGCAAAUUAAAAUAAUCUUUCAUUAAUGUUUAUAUCGAUAAAAGAUUAAAUUUUGUGUUAUCAGUAUACCUUAAAUAAAAAACCUAAUUGCUAUAAAAAUAAAAUAAAGUGAAAUGAAAACAUUUAGUACAUAAUGCAGAGUACCAGUGGCGGCGGAGGAAAUCUUAAUCCACAAAAUGUGUACUCAAAUGUUCCAAAUAAUUUAGCCACACCAACACAUUUUGCAAAUAAUUAUCCUAUUAUACCUGAUCAGACAAAUAUAGAAGUAGAGCCAAUAUGGAAUCAAACCCAACACGUGCAGUACCAGAUUAUGCCGUACCAGCCUAUGCAGUACCAGCCUAUGCAGUUCCAGCCCAUGCAUCACCAGCCAAUGCAGCAUCAAUCAAUACAAAACCAGCAGAUACAAUGCACUCAAAUUCUUUUUCAUGAUGUUGAUGAUGUGGCCGAAGGCAGCUGUUUUUAUAUGGACGUAUAGAAGAAUUCCAAAGAUAGCAUGGGUUAAUAACUGAAAAUGAAGUUAAAACAAAUAGAACUGCAAUAUUUAUUACAUGUAUCCUAGGUAAUAUAAAUCAUAGUAAAGACAAAAUAAGUGUUUGAACAAUACUUAUAGUAGGGGAGGAAAGUAUGCUAAAUGUGCAGUCACUCUAUCGCUUU